AUGAAGCUAACGGCUUCGAACAAGCCACAAGAUUCUCCCUAUCACAUCUCUACCUCUCAUCAACACUUCCAUAUCGUUUCAUUGGAUAAUUCUCAGAGAAUAUCAAAAACCCAUUCUGAGAAUUUGUCAUAUCCAAAUGAAAAUAAAACAUUAGCUCCCCAAGACUACCAUGGUAUCUUUGCAGUUCGAGUUCUGUUGUCAACAAAGACUGAAUCUGAGAGAAACCAUUUCAAGAAUCGUUUGAAAGCCUUACUUUGGUGGAUUGCUUUGAUCAAUCUAAUCCAUUGUGAUUCCUGUAAGAUGAGAGCUUGGUAA